UGGGAGAGCGCGCCGCAGGUCCAGCUCGGGCAGUUUGAACUUGGCGGGCCUGAUGGAGGCGGCUGGGUCUUGGCUGGCCGCCUCCCCCGCUCUGUGCACUCGCUACCUCGCGCGCUGUAGGCCCAGGUCCCGGCCCUCCUCCGCUUCCUUCCCCGACCUCAUGUUGGACGCCCGGGAGCCGGGGCUGGAGGAGGUGUUGACAUCCGAGUGUUCGUCGCGGCCGACUCUGAGCCGCAGCAACUCCACCCUGUCGCUGUUGUCACCCCUGGGCCACCCUAGCUUCCCGUUUGACGAGGACGACAGUGACGGGGAGGAUGAAGAAGCGGUGGACGAAGAUGCCCGUGACUCAGAGGCCAAGGUGGUGUGCGGGAAAGGAAUGGAGGGGCGCUCCAGUGAAGUUGAAUCAGAGGAUAACCAAGAACAGAAACAGGUGCACUUACCAGAAAGCAGCCUGACACCAUGGGAGAUGUGGUUUGUUGGCAAAGAAAAAGAAGAACGUGACCGGCUACAACAGAAAGUUCUAGAGGAAUUAAAUCAACAACUAGAAAAAAGAAAAGAGAUGGAAGAACGUGAAAAAAGAAAGAUAAUUGCUGAAGAAAAGCACAAGGAAUGGGUUCAGAAAAAAAAUGAACAGGAAAGGAAAGAAAGGGAACAAAAAAUUAAUAAAGAAAUGGAGGAAAAAGCAGCAAAGAAACUGGAGAAAGAAUACUUGCAAGAAAAAGCAAAAGAAAAAUAUCAAGAAUGGUUAAAGAAAAAAAAUGCUGAAGAUUGUGAGAAGAAGAAAAGAGAGAAGGAAAAAGAAAAGCAACGGCAAGCAGAAUUACAGGAGAAAAAGGAAAUAGCAGAAAAAAAGUUUAAGGAAUGGUUGGAAAAGGCAAAACAUAAACCUCGUCCAGCUGUGAAGAGCUAUGGUUAUGCCAAUGGGAGGCUCACAGGUUUUUACAGUGGGAAUUCCUAUCCAGAACCAGCCUUCUGUAAUCCAAUUCCAUGGAAGCCAAUUCAUAUGCCCCCUUCCAAAGAAGCAAAGAACUUAUCAGGAAGGAAGAGCAAAAAACCUGUAAUAAGUCAGCCACACACACCAUCUCUGGCAGUUCAUAAAGCCAGAGGCAAUCUUUGCCUUGGAACUCUGUGCAGAAUACAGAGAUAGUAUAUGUAGAAAACAGCAUACUUUCUUAACCUGGAAUCCGCUAAGUUUAAUCUCAGAUUUUUUUUUUUUUUACACUUCUCAAUCAGUAAGUCAACAUUUGAUGUGAUUAUUGAAAUACCAAAUUUUUGAGUUUUUGUAUGAAAUCCUUAAGAGUUUAAGAUAAUUUCUGCAUUUUAGUUUUAUAAACUGUUCAAGAUUGAGCUAAUGAUUGUGUUUGUAAUUUAGUUUUUAUCAAAACUAGUUAUAAUAUCAAUAAACCAACAAUUUUUCUUAUGUUCUUUUGUACUCUAUAUUAUUUGCUUUGUUUAGGUUUAUGAACAUAAUAAGAUGAAUUUGUUCA